UUUCUGAAGUUCAAGCCAAUUAAGGGCGUAGGUGACGUCUGUCUCGGCAGGUUGGUAACGGACGGAAAGUGGGAGCAGCGAUGUGUGUUUGGUCGCUUUGGAAGCGAUCCUGGAGAGUUCUGUGGGGCUCGGGGCAUUGCUGCUCGUCAGCCUGAUGAGGUUGCAGUGGCUGACUGCUACAACAAACGAGUUGUGAUCUGCAGCAUCGAUGGUAACCAGAAAAGCACAAUCCCGAUGGAAGGAUGGGCACGUGGCAUUGCAGCUACACACACCGGCAAUCGCUUGGUGGUUGUUGAGGAUAACGCAUCCCACGUGAAAGUCUUUGACAAAGGCAACACGCUGGCUUUCCAGUUCCCCACAGUGCCACCGAGUGAGGUCGGUAAGACCGCAGUGGACCUCCAGAGUGUAGCAGCCAAGACGGAUGGGACCAUUGUGGUUGGUGAUAUCAAGAGAAUGGUGCUGACCAAACACAGCCACACUGAUGGCGAACUCAGAAGCACCAUUCCAGUCAAAAUUAAACCUCGUUAUGUCGCUGUUGACAGCAAUGAUCGAGUCGUAAUCAGUGACUGGGAUCAACAGUUAGUCGAUGUUGUUGAUGGGAAUGGUGAUACACUGUUCACCAUCAAACCUACCAUCGAUGGUGAGGUAGUUAGAUACUGUACCGGUGUAUGCGCAGAUAGCACAGGCGUCUAUGUUGCAAUUCAUAAUGGCAGUGACACCGGUCAUAUCCACCACUAUGACCCUCAAGGUGGCUUUCUCCACUGCAUCGCAGAGGGUCUGCACCGGCCCAUGGGAAUCACAUUCACAGCAGAUGGGCAACUGGCAGUUGGAGACUUCUACUCAGUGAAGAUUUAUGACUUUGUUUAAUGUAACACAAACAAGUCGAUUUCCUUCCGCUUUCUUCGGGAGGAAACAGCAGUAGCAUUAGUCGGAAAUGUUGCAGUGUGAACAACAUUGCAUUUAAUUUCAUCACUUCUUUUUUUAUAGAAAAUAAGAUACACAAAGUUUGCGUAGGCUUACUGCAUAGCAGAAAUGGAAAGCAAACUACAUCAAAAUUUCACUGAGAUGGGAUUCAAAAGUAUGGGAGCUACAUAAAGUGCUUAUCAUUUAAACAAAUUUCCUUUGUCACUUUUGCAUUGUUAACUAUAUCUCCUCACGACAUGUGAAUUAUUUUCAUAGAUCCAUUUAACAGUAGUAAAUGUAUCCCAAUAUUGGUGAGGUUAUGCCUACCGUAAGCGUUCACAGGAGAUAUGGGAAGUUGUUCGCUUGUCUCAUCAAAAGAAUCAGACUCAUUUUAAUGCACACAUCUUGCAGGGGAUUAUCAAAUUGAGGAGAGUAUAAAAAUGAAAAAUAAUAUUUGAAGUCAAAUUGUUCUCAUUGAGAGUUACAUAAAAUUGUGAUUUUCUCAAAAGCUUAUUUUGUGUGAGUAGUGGGAUAGCGAAGGUCUCAUCAUUUAAAUAGUGAAGUAGAUUUGAAAAAAGUCGAUGUGGAACUCACGUUUGGAGGAAUAUUCCCCUCAUAACUAAACUGUCCCUUUGUGUUGAACCGCCUUUUUCUUACCUGCGGUUGAAUGUAUAUUACGAAUUAAUACCUCGUUAAAAGAGGCCCAAUGUCACUAUUUGGAGGAGAGUUAUAUUGAUUCAAUUCCUUUGCAACUUCUUUCGAAACAAAAAUCAUUUCGUAUUCAUUUGAAUUCAAAUGAAGGUUUUGUUAGAGAAUGAAAUGAUGUUUUUCUCUGUGGCAGAGGCAAAAGCAAGAUGAAAUGUAGGUUGUGAAACGUUUCAUUUGUAAAUUGCUUAAUUUUCUUGCAUUUUAUUUACAAAAUUUUAAUUACUGACAGCAACAAUAUUCCACUUACAGAAUAUAAACGUUUUCAAAGACUAUGCCUGAGUAUUAUUUAACCUAACCCUCCUCAAUCCUUCACCUGUUGGAGGACUGAGGAGUGUUAGGGUUAAAGGCAACAUGACCUUUCCACUUUUUUAAAUAUGAAUAUUUAUCAUGACGUAGGUAAUUGACAUUGUAACGGUUAUUUUCAAAUCCGUGGGUAAAGUUGUUACUUUUCGGCUGACCUCCUUGAAUGCUUCCUGCACAAGGAAGGGUUGAACACGCAUCUAAACCUCUACCAAAUAAAAAAGCUAAGUCCCAAGACUACUUUUAACAGUGGACAGAUUUACUGGAUUUUCCGUAUGGUGGUAUAGUUGCCCCUUGUACUAUGUAGUGAUACGAAGUAAGCCGUACGUUAUCAGUAAUCAAAAAGUCUUGGGGACGUAUCAAGAACCAGACCCGUUAUACGACACGGAUCAAAAACUUCCUCUGGGCUCUCCAGGAAGUUUGUGAGAGAGGUGUUAAAGGGUGCCAUAAAUGAGGUUGUUUAAUUACUCCUGUUUGUUUGUCUGCGCGUGACAUAUGAUCUGGUUGUCAGUAACGAAAUCAUACAGUCUAAAAAGGAAAUCCCUUUGGGUAUUUCAUGACUUUUGUGAUAAAAUCUGAAGUGUAGGGACAUUGCUGUUGCAGUAUGAAUAAAAUGUACGUAUUCUGUGUUUGAUAGAAGAGCUUUGCACAUCGACUGCUUUGAUUUAAUACUUUGUUCCUUCAAGAAAUGCAAUUUCUUCCUUCUAGGCUGUAGUUUCUGAGGACGCCUACAUGUAUGUGUGACUGUACCCCGGCUAGUUAGUUGGGUCAAUACAUCAAAGUUGAGUAUUACAAGCGACAUUUGUGUGUCUCUCUACGUCUACAUACCACGUCCGGUGCUUGUUGCAUUCAAGUUGAGAAUGGCUUCCCUGUCCUGUCCCAUUUAAACCAUGUUGAUCCUAUAAUUCUAGAUAUCCGUUUUCUUCCCUAUCACAUUAGUACUUGGCAACUAAAUUGAAAUCCGUAGAGAGAGUAUCUCGAACGUCAAGCCUGUGUAAAUAUUAAUACGCCUUUAGUUUUGUUUUUGGUAGCAGACCUGUUACGGGAAUACAUAAGUUUAAAGAUAAAAUAAAAAAGGAUGAACCUUUAAAACAGUUCAUUGGUAAAGUCCUGUAGGUUUGAUGGAUUUGGUAGUUUUGACAGUGUUUAUAGGCUUUAAUAAUUUCAUAAGACCGUGCUUGAGUGAAAGCGACCUGACCAUUUCAAUUUUGUCAUGUGAAUAUGUAUUAUGACGUAACUAUAAUAUGCGUUGUGACUCGGUUAUUUGCAUAUCAGUGCGUCAGUUGUUAAGUUUGGGUUGACCUCCCAGUGAGCGGCAAGCCUCGGGCGUAAAAACGGCUUGAACCAGUGUCCAAGCCCUCAUCAGAAAAAUAAUUUCCAAGAAUAAGAUUUAUCGUAUUAUUGCACAGUUACCCCUUUUGCUAUGCAGUGAACUGAUCAUGAAACACAGCUGGCUAUGUACGUUGCCUGUAUAGUGUAUUCUGUGUAAUGAACAGCCGUCGGGGUAGUAGCGACGCUUAUUCGAAACGCACUACAAUUGAUUUUGCUCUGGGCUCGCCGUAAAGAUUAUUUGAGAGCGUAAUAUGCAUGGCCACAGUUAGAGUUGGGGACUCUCGUUUCGUGUCUGUGCACGACACAGCCAUUAUCUGACCGUCGAUGACGAAACUGUACAGUCUAAAGGAAACCCCCAAUAUGACUGUCCGGUUUUUAAGUUUCAUAAGAGAAUAAACAUUGCACUAUCUGAUAUAAAUGCACGUAGGCCCUAUAGCUGUAGUUUGUAUCUACAUAGUUGAGGUGGAAAUAAAUCAAGGUUGAAUGUGGCAAAUUGCA